AUGAUCGGUUUCAAGUCCGCUAUCCUACUCCUACUGCUACACGCGGCCUUCGGUUCUGCCUACCGGUGGUACAACUGGCAGUUUGAGGUCACUUGCCAGUCUGACGCGUAUAUCACUCCUAUAGAUGAGGAUGCAGCCGCAGACUUCCUUCAACAACAAUUCGCUGAAGGUUCUCACAUCAAAGUCGUCGGAAACGGUCAUGGGUUUGGAAAUCUCACCCAAUGUGUGGACCUGAGUCUUACGAAAAAGCCGACCUACAUCGUGUCCCUCGUCAACCUGAAGAAACUUCACAUCGACAAGAAGAGCAUGACUGUGACGUUCGGCGCUGGCUGGGAUGUGGAUGACCUUACGCAGGAACUAAAGGCGAAUGACCUGUCCUUUAACCACCUUGGUGUUGAGCGCGUUCAGAACUUCGUCGGUGCUGCCUCGACUGGUACUCAUGGCUCCGGCUCUAACAUUGGAAACAUUGCCACCCAAAUUGUUGGACUGCGUGUUUUGGAUGCGCAGGGCAAGCUUCGGGUCAUCAACGAGAACAACAACCCUGAAGAGUUGAAAGCCUUCCGUAUCAGUCUCGGAGCGUUAGGCCUCAUCACCGAGAUGACUAUCAAGGUGCAGCCUACAUACCGCGUGAAGAAGACAACAAAGGUCAUGAACGCCACCUCCGACUAUAAUCAGAUGUACAAGCAAAUCGCACAGCUCUACAAGGAACACGACCGCAUGACCGUCUGGGGCCCGCAUUUCGACUGGAACGAGAAGACGAAGAACUGGGACCUGGAGCCUACCUACUUCCUGUCUUACUGGGAGCCGACAAACUACACCGGUGCCAGUAAUUGUACCCUCAACUACUGCGCCAAUGGCUGCGGAGACUGCAAGAAGGAGUACAUCUGUUACGACGAAGUGAGCGACUCUGUCUCCUGCCCUCCCCAGGGAGUCUGCAACAGCCUCUUCUAUGCCGAGAUCGAACACUUCCUUCCAAUCGAGUACUACGCAGAGGCUGCUGCGAACUACACCCGGCUCCAGCAGUCCCAGACGCCGCGCAUGACGGGGCCUUCGAAUAAGCAGAUGGUUAUCCAGCACCGGACGCUACACGGUGACGAUGCAUACAUGUCCCCCGUGAACACGUAUAAUCUGGACCCGAGCCUCAGCGGGGUCUUUGGUGUUAUCGAAAUCGACUGGAUCCAGGAGUAUGAUAGCUAUGAGACGCUUUGGCAGAACCAGGAGCUUGCGUAUGAGUUUCUGCCCAAGUUUGGCGAGACUUAUAAUGCUCGUCCGCACUGGAAUAAGAUGAAUGCCCCGGAUGCGGAGUAUAUGAAGGGGCAGUAUCCGAAGUUGCCUCAGUUUUUGGAGAUUCAGAAACGUCAGGAUCCGAAGUGCCAGUUUGUUAAUGAGUUUUUGGUCUCGCAGCUUGGGAUUACACGCUGUGAGGAUUAUCUCUCAUAG